CGUAGGAUUUCUGCGUCCCUUCCAGCAUCGAAGUUUGGAGCAGCUUGAAUUGUACCCUGGGUACACUGAACCACAGCAGCAGGCUGAAAAUAAGAGUCACAGUUCUCCAUUUCUUCCUCUAACACAGAAUCAGGGCAACAUUACUCUGAGGGUAGAUGGAAACUCCUGAUGCAGAACAAAAUUGAAGCCUUUGGAAAUCAGCUGUAAAAACAUUAAAACUACAGAAGCCACACAAGAUUCCCUACAGAAAAGAAAACAGCACAUACCAGACCAGGCAUUGGGGAUGGUACUUGUCCACCAGGAAAUCCUAGUGAAAAUAAAGAACAAGUGUGUCAGGAGUCACUGUCAACACACAGAUCUGCAAAAUGCAAUUGAGAUUAACAGAACUGCUAGGUACUCACUGAAUGUGUACUCUGGGUUUCACAGUUCUCAUCAGAUACUUGCAGUUUGAAAAAGGGUAAGCACCUAAGCCACUACACCAUGACCAUUAUUCAGGGACAGCCAUCCCCUUUGGAUGUAGCACCUACAGAGAUGGUUCUCCUCAGCCCUUCAGUAGCCUGGUCAAGAAAAGUGGCAGGAGGUGCACUGCAUACAAACUCAACAGCUACAAGUAACAAAGUCGGACGUCGUUUCCCCGCGCUGUCCCGGCUGGGCACGGGGCGGGUUGAGCGGGCCCGGCUGAGUCAGCGGCGGCGCUGGCCCGCGGUGGCACAUCGGGGCGCGCCGCGCUGCGUGCGCUGGGCGAGGGCUCCGCCGCUCAACACCGAGCGGUCUCGCAGGCUGCCCCGCCGGGACCCCCGGGCCCGCAUCCCCGCCGGGACCCGCCCGCCCCCGCCUGCCGCUGCCCUGCCCCGCUCCGCAUCGCCCCAGGCUCCUCCCGCUCCCUCAGCCGCGGGCCGGCCCGGCGAACCCUGCGGCGAGCCGCCUCACCUGAGGGGAACUCGCGGAGCCUCCGGCCUCUCUCCGCAGCCACACCGCAAAAUGGAGCCUGUGCGGCCGGCGAUGCCCGCCCCGCCCCCGGCACCGAGCCCGCCCCGCCCGGCCCACGGGCCGCGCUCCCCGCGGGCAGGGGCACCGCGCCCGGUGCCGGCAGUGGCGGCCCUGCCAGCGCACAACCCUUUGCUGUCCGCCUCGCUGAAGGGAGCCUGUGAGAUGCCCGGUUGUCUCUCGGGACGGAGCAGAGGUAAGCUCGCAGGCGCAAGUGCCACGAAGGCAGAGCCCCUCGGCAGUGACAGGGAAGCGUUCACGCAGGGAGCGCCCGGAGAUGCUGUCCCACGGGAGCCCUUUGCCACCCGGUAGGAAAGGGAGAGAAAAGUCCACGCUGCAGUUUCCCU